UUCCCAAGCUCAAGUGAAGAAAAAGAAAGUUAUAUAAUUAAAGAAAUUACAAAGGGAAAAAUAAGAUCUCUGUUUUUUGUCUUAAAUUCUGAUCUCUGCUAUCAAAGCACAAACCAGAGCAGAAGUAGAGCACUCUCAGUCUUUGUAUUUUCAUUUUGCAGAAAAGUCCACAAAGAUUUAUGGAGGGAGGACAAGAGGAUGCCGGAAAUGGGAUUACAACGGCGGCUGGAUCAAAUCCUCCGAGAUCCGAGACAGCAGCUCCACCACCGGAAGGUGGUGGUCCGGCAGGUUCUGCAGCGGCGUCGGUUAAGAAGAAAAGGGGGAGACCGAGGAAGUAUGGGCCGGACGGAAAGUUGAAUGUGGCGGCACUGUCGCCGAAGCCGAUAUCGGCGUCCGCACCGGCACCGGCGGCAGUGAUUGAUUUCUCGGCGGAGAAACGUGGAAAAGUGCGGCCGGCGAGUUCCUUGACCAAAACCAAAUAUGAAGUGGAGAAUUUAGGUGAAUGGGUACCUUGUUCUGUAGGUGCUAAUUUUACACCCCACAUCAUCACAGUCAACACUGGCGAGGACGUUACGAUGAAGAUUCUCUCAUUUUCUCAACAAGGGCCUCGAGCAAUUUGCAUUUUAUCUGCUAACGGUGUGAUUUCAAGCGUCACGCUUCGUCAGCCUGACUCCUCUGGAGGAACAUUAACAUACGAGGGGCGUUUUGAAAUCCUUUCAUUGUCGGGAUCGUUCAUGCCGAGCGACAGCGUAGGAACAAAGAGCAGAAUCGGUGGAAUGAGUGUUUCCUUAGCAAGUCCAGACGGACGAGUUGUUGGUGGUGGAGUUGCUGGUUUGUUAGUAGCUGCUAGUCCAGUUCAAGUGGUUGUAGGAAGCUUUAUAUCUGGAAACCAACAGGAGCAAAAGCCAAAGAAGUCGAAACACGACGUCAUAUUACCCGUUUCUGCUUUUCCAAUCUCUAGUGUUGAACAGAAAUCAUACAAGACGACAACGACGACGACAACAUCUUCGCUUCGUGCUGAAACUUGGACACCUAAUUUAGUUCCAGAUUUAAGAAGUCAGCCUACGGAUAUCAAUGUAUCAUUAACUAGUGGUUAGUAAAUAUUAGUGUUGUAUUGUUCGACCGUCGAUGACCACAUCGUUGUCGAGCUUCAAUUUGAGUAGACGUCAUUGUUUGUUCUUACAUUGAUCGAUGAUUGACUAUUUUUUCUUUUUUUCUACAACUAGCAAUUAGUUUGUAUUCUUGUUUUGACAUAUUACUUUAGUUUUAGAUAGUACUUGAGAUUUAUUAUUGUCUAGGCUUCGACUAUGUUA